ACUCCGGACUUGCUGGCCAGCUCGGUGUGCGCAUGCUCCCCUGAGAGCGCGGGAAAAAUGCAUGUUGCAAUUUAAGAAACACACAUAAUACCCGGCAGAUCAGCUGCAGAAUGCCUCCAGGAGAAGUAUGAUUUUGCAUAUCCAUUGAUGAAGCAGAUGAAGGUGGAUAGGUUCAGACACUGCUCUUGGAUCGCCUACAGUAAUAUCCAAAGACAGGGAUGGUUGACUACCAACAACCACAUUAUCUUCCCCUGUGCAAACGGAAUGUUCUCCUGGCGAUGGGUGUGAUCGGAGGUGUGUCGUUCCUUGUUGCUGUGGUCCACUACAUCCACCUGUCUCCCUAUCCCGUCAUGCUCUCGCAGCUGGCUGGCAAACCGGCCACUGGCGGCCUGAGCCAUUUCUUCGGUGCUUUUGGUCAGAAUGGCAAGUUGCUGCGAGGCUAUGUCAGCCUCCCGGAACAGCAGCCUCUAGACCUCGCCUGUCAACAGUGCAGCAUCAUCUCCAGUUCUGGGCAGAUGUUGGGCAUGAAGCUGGGAGCUGAGAUCGACCAGUCGGAAUGUGUGUGGAGGAUGAACAACGCUCCAACGGAGGGGUUUGAGUCUGACGUGGGCAGCAAGACCACGGUGCGAGUGGUGUCGCACACCAGCACCCCGCUGCUGCUCCGCCAACAAGCUUUCCUCUCCGGUCUCAACAGCUCCUUCCACGUUUUCUGGGGCCCGCAGCGUAACAUGCGGCGUGACGGCAAGGGGAUCAUCUACAACAUGCUCCGCACCGUCCACAGUCACUUCCCCACCGCCAAGAUCUACACCCUGACUGAGGAACAGAUGAGGCUCUGCGAUAUCGCCUUCAAGAGAGAGACUGGGAAAGACAGGGUGUUGUCUGGCUCGUACCUCAGCACUGGCUGGUUCACUUUCAUCCUGGCGAUGGAGGCUUGCAGCAACAUUCACGUCUAUGGAAUGAUCAACGACACUUACUGCAGGACCGAAGGCCACAGAAAUGUCCCGUACCAUUACUAUGAGCCCGGUAGCCAGGAGGAGUGCAGGGAAUAUUACAUGCAUGAGAACGCACGUUACGGAGGGCACAGGUUCAUCACGGAGAAGACCGUCUUCGCAAAGUGGGCGAAGGAGAGGAACAUCAAGUUCUCCAACCCCGCUUGGCGGGUCUCCUGACCAAGGCAUUCCCUCUGGACUCCACUCCUUGGACAUCACUGGUAGUGGUCAGGACCUCACCAACUCAUAGCUCCACUCUAUCUCCCUAUGCCGCAAAUAAAUAUCGCCUCUCCCCGGCCUAUUUGUGCCAGCACCGAUUUGCAACUUUUCCAUUUGUGCUUAAAAGAACAAAUGUGUCGGCAAGCGAAAGUCUUGCUGGCGUUUGUAAAUAGUGUCUUGUCAAAAAUGCCAACCUUCAAUUGAGACUUCCUGCGCUGCAUCAGAAAAGUACUUUGUUGGCUGUGGAACACUUCGGGACAUCCUGAAAGGGACAUGAAAGGUGUUUUAGAAAUGAAGCUUGUCUCUUAAAGAUGGAGGAGGUCACCACUCCAGACAAGGGGAUGCAGGAAUAAUCGGCAGCUGUUCAACAUCUUGCAGUCUCUUGUCACUAGAGCCGUGCAGCGUGGAAGGGUUGUCCGUUAGUCUCAGAGCCCAGGUCCGUAAAUGUUGCAUUUUAUUCUCACAGGCGACUUGUUUGUCAACGCCUUGAGAUUUUCAGUCUGAAGAAGGGUCUCGACCCGAAACGUCACCCAUUCCUUCUCUCCAGAGAUGCUGCCUGUCCCGCUGAGUUACUCCAGCAUUUUGUGUCUAUCUUUAGAUCCAACUGUGGGGAAUUAACAGAGGGGUCAGGAUUGCACCCAAGCUGUAGAAGGAUAGAGAAUAGGAGCUGGACAUCAGCUGAGGGUGGAAAUAACCUGGAAGUCAUUUAAAAUAAUAAUGGAUAAUGUAAAAGGUCAGAAUUGUAUUAAAUGCACUAUUAGAUUCUUGUAAAUGCCUUCUUGUUAUUGUUUGCCACAAUUAUUUUCACACAAAGGAUGAUGGGUGUUAUGGAAGAAGCUGCCAGAGGAGGCAGUUGAGGCAGGGACUAUCCCAACAUUUAACAAGGUGUUAGACAGGUACAUGACUAGGACAGGUUUGGAGGGAUGCUGGCAGGUGGGACUAGAGUAGCUGGGACAUGUUGGCCGGUAUGGGCAAGUUGGGCCGAAGGGACUCUUUCCACACUGUAUCACUCUAUGACAAAGAUACAGAUUCCAAGUCUUCCACCUCGUCAACUACAGCACUGGUCACCCGGAACAGAUCCAAAGCACAAUACCGAUCUCACAGCCUCGACACCAAACAGGCACCUUUGCACUCAAUGUAGCAGGUGAGGGAAACUAAUUGAACAUGCUUUCAAAGAAAUGGUUUCAAAGGUUUGUUUAUUGUCAUGUGUACCAAUUGAGGUAGAGUGAUAUGUGAAUUACCACACAGCCAUACUAAAAAAAAGCACCAAGACACACAACUACAUAAAAGUUAACAUAAACAUCCACCACAGUGGAUUCCCCACAUUCCUCACUUUGAUGGAAGGCAAAAAAGUCCAAUCUUCUUCCACUUUAUUCUCCCGCGGUCGGGGCAGUCGAACCAUGCGUCAGGACGAUCGGGUGACACCGUACGAUGGCAGCCCUGACAACUGUCUGUCUCGUCCUUUUGUUGUCCUUGGUCUGUUGUUAAAUGUAUGUUUUAGAGUAUUAUGUGGGAGGUGGGGGAAACUUUCUCUUAAUCUCUUUCCUCAACGGAGAUGCAACUUUUUCCGUACUGUAUCUCCGUCCACGCUGCGGCCUAACAUCGUGGAGCUUGCGGUCCCUCUGCUGGGGACCACCUCCGGGAGCUCCAACCGCAGCAGCCUACGGACUUAAUAUCGUGGAACUCGCGGUCUCUUGGCUGGGGAUCGCAUUCGGGAGCCCCAACCGCGGGAGC